CUGUUUUGGGGCAGUCUGUGAAAGUACUGUUGUAUGUUAACUGAUUUACUGCAUAACUGAAACGAUGGACGUAGAUGAAAGCGAACUGCCAACAACCAAAACGGUGCAGGCCCGAUUCGUGUCGGAUGUGGGUGAAGAAGCAGGUCCUCCGUUGGCGCUACCGGUCAACGUCACCAAGGAACAGUUGGAACUGAUAUGCAAUGCGCUACUGAAGAAUGAGAAACCAACACCGUAUCUGUUUUUCGUAAACGAUGAAGAGAUCAAGCAAUCGAUCGAUCAAACCGUCGACCAGAAGCGACUGAAUGCGGAAGAUGUGCUGGAUAUCGUUUACCAGCCGCAGGCCGUAUUUCGCGUCCGGGCAGUAUCCCGCUGUACCAGCACCAUGCCCGGUCACGCCGAAGCCGUCGUGUCGCUCGCGUUCAGCCCAAACAGCAUACAUCUAGCGAGCGGAUCGGGUGACAAAACACUAAGAUUAUGGGAUCUGAACACCGAAACGCCGCACCACACCUGUACUGGCCACCGGCAGUGGGUGAUGUGUGUGGCCUGGGCACCGGAUUCUCUCAAGGUAGCGUCAGCGUGUAAGGCAGGCGAAAUCCGUAUCUGGUGUCCGGAUACGGGCAAACAGCUCGGUCGACCGCUUGUCGGUCACAAAAAGUGGAUCAGCUGCCUCUCAUGGGAACCCUACCAUCGGAAUGCCGAAUGUCGCUUUCUGGCGAGCGCCGGAAACGAUAAUGAUGCACGGAUAUGGGAUAUAGUGCUCGGUACGUGUGUGAAGGUGAUCGCCGGUCACACGGCACCGGUUACGGCGGUACGCUGGGGAGGUUCCGGGCUGUUGUACACGUCAUCGCGCGAUCGUACGAUCAAAAUGUGGCGGUCGGAAGAUGGUGCACUGUGCAAAACGUUUACCGGCCAUGCACACUGGGUAAAUAAUUUGGCACUCAACACCGAUUACGUAUUGCGCACGGGACCUUUUCACCCGGUAAUGGACAAAAGUUUGAUGUACGGAGAUGGUAGCAACAAAGAAGCACUGAAGCAGCUGGCUCUGGAGCGAUACGAGAAGGUGUGUCCGGAUGGGGUGGAAUCUUUUGUAUCGUGUUCGGAUGAUUUCACACUGUACCUGUGGCGAGCGAAUCAGAAACAGUUCGUAACACGGAUGACCGGGCAUCAGAACGUAGUAAACGAUGUUAAGUAUUCACCGGAUGUGAAGUUUAUUGCGUCCGCAUCGUUUGACAAAUCGAUUCGCUUGUGGCGUGCUGGUGAUGGUGCAUUUAUUUGUGCACUGCGAGGACACGUCCAGGCCGUUUAUACGGUAGGAUGGUCGGCCGAUUCGCGGUUGGUGCUGAGCGGCAGCAAGGAUUCCACGCUGAAGGUUUGGAGUGUGAAGGAACGCAAGCUGGUACAAGAAUUGCCAGGUCAUGCGGAUGAAGUGUACGGCGUGGAUUGGGCUCCAGAUGGCUCGAGGGUGGCCUCGGGUGGCAAGGAUAAAGUGUUGAAGCUCUGGGCAUAUUAAUGCGAAUCUGCGUUUUCCCACAGUGAAUUCAAAUAAGAUCAAAAUGAAACAUUUUAUUCCCAC